CGUAGAGCAAUGUGAGGUUAUGUUAUAGUGCAAGAAAAAACACAAUGCUGCGGAGCCUGAAAAACGCGUUUUUCCGGCGCUCCCAUUACUGUACAAGUGUCCAGAAUGUCCCACAAUCAUCAGAAACAGUACCCGUGGUACGGACUACACGUCAGCCGCGUCAAGUGUGGGUUGAGAACUUUGACACACCAGAAUCCAAAAAGUUGGAGAUUCUAGAGCUGCAUCCGGAGGUUUUUGCUGCUCAGCCCCGGAUUGACAUCAUUCAUCAGAAUGUUGAAUGGCAGCGGAAGUAUCGGUAUGUCAGCUUUGCCCAUGCAAAGCUGAGAUUUGAGGUACGGGGUGGUGGCAGGAAGCCCUGGCCACAGAAGGGAAUGGGAAGGGCAAGACAUGGAUCUAUCCGGUCGCCACUGUGGAAGGGUGGUGGUGUCAGUCAUGGACCACGGUCACCCACGAGCCACUUCUAUAUGCUGCCCUAUUUUACGAGGGUCAUGGGACUUACAUCAACGCUGUCUGUAAAGUUGGCCCAGGAUGACUUGUUUGUGGUGGAAAAUCUCGAUAUUCCCGUAGAGGAUCCGAAGUUUCUGCAGGAACUGAUAGAUGCUCGGACUUGGGGACCGUCAGUGUUGAUAGUUGAUGAGAGCGAUAUUUUCCCUUACAACAUCACUGCAGCCACAGAACAAAUUCCUCAUGUUACUAUGAUGCCCCUGUACGGGCUGAAUGUCUACUCUAUGUUGAAAUAUCACACCCUGGUUCUCACGAAGGACGCUGUCCGGAAACUCGAAGAAAGAAUUCUCUACCAGUUCAAUCGAUCGGACAGCAGGGAACUCGUGAAGAAAUUCCGCGUUAGUCAGUGAAAAGCAUUUUAAAAAGGGCAACAGAAUUUAAUAAAGUAGCUUUCCAGAGACAAA